CCAAUGGGUAAUGUGAAAGUGGGGGCGCCGCAUAUAAAAGGCUCACCUGGGCACACAAUUUGCAUUCAGUCGCGUUUAUCCAAAGUGUUCGUGUGGAUUUGCCACCCUGUCCCAAUUUCUCUCGCAUUUCUUCUAAUCUACCUUAGUUAAGAUGUUUAAGUUGCUUGUGAUUUCCGCCGUGAUGGCGUCCGCCCUUGCUGGGAUUAUUCACGACGAUUACGGACACGGUGGCGGUGGUGGCGGUGGCGGUAGUGAGACAGAUCAUCACGUUGAGGUGGACCACAAACACGCAACGUCCCAUCAGAGCUUCAAAGUGCACCACUUCCAUGCUGUGCCGGUGUACAUUAAGAAGGAGGAUCAGCACCUGCUCAAGCAUCCCGUUGAGGUGUCUGGAGUCAAGCACAAGCUGAAGGUCCUCCAUCCAGAGACUGAACACUCCCACGGGCAUGGAUUGACACUGGAGAAUCACAGUGAAUUCGAGGAUAAGACGCUUGGCGGCUAUCACGGUGGUGGCUUCAGUCAUGGCGGACACGAAGGCGCCGCUUCCUACUCGGGCGGCUUUGAGCACUACGGUGGUGGCGGUGAUGACGGCGAUCACGGUGGCCACGAAUACCACGACAUCCACGUGGGGCAUCACGAAUAGAGCGUAUCUCCCGCUCUGCGUUUCCAACUGUAGAUCAUUGAGCCAAUAAAAGCGACUGUUAAGUUAUAAACAA